AUGGAAGUGCCCUCAAUAUCUAAAAAGCUCAAGUCAACACUCCCUCAGGACUCUAAAUCCUAUCGGAAUUUUUCAUCUAUCCUUUCUCAAACUUUCUCACCUGAAGAAAAUAAAAAUAUCGGCUUUUUAUAUCGAAUCCGCUCGGCGCCUGACUUUGGUGUUAUCUUACCUUUUCAGCCUUUCCCAAUUCCAGAUCAGCUUUUGGAUCCAUUAGGAAUAUUACGCUUCAGCUUUCAAUCACUGAAUGACUUGCGAGAUUUCCAACAUGAAUUUUGAACAGAUAUUAUUCGAACCUCAAAAGCUAAGGAAGGUGAGAUUUCAAGUGCUAACUACUUAAUAGUUCCUUUAGUUGAUAACGCCAUUAAUUGGGUCACAAUAUUUCUCCUCUUACUCCCCCUAAGUUUUUUCGCAAAAUUAACGACUAGAUUUUUUUCUAAACGCGUAAUAAAUUAUUAUAAAAAAAAUUAUAGUAAUGGGAAAAUUAGAAAAAGAAAAGUCAAUCAAAGUGAAUGACCUCACCCCAGCUCAAAGAGAAAACAUGAUUGUAAAAUCUUUAAAAGGCAAAAAUACAACUUGGCAAUGCAUUUCAUGCUUUGACGAUAGCAUGGAUUCAAAAGAGUUUCUACAGAUCUUACUUGGAAGUGACAACCCAGAUUUGCAAGAUUUAAUCGAUUUAUACGAUUCAUAUAUAGUCCGAACCUCCUUUUGGCUUAGGCUAUCUUACAUCUCCCGAAGUCGGAGGGAGUUGAUUUUAUUUAUAAAUGUUGGAAAAACCAACUCCCCUUCUACUUCCGAUGUCGGUAUAACCUAAACCAAAAGGAGGCUCAGGCUAUAGCGCAAUCGAUGUACUUUUAGACGACAGACUUAAUAUUGAUUCUUUGUCUGAUUUCAAAAAAUUGUUCUUCUCUGGUGCAAUCAAAUCAAUAUCAACUGAUAAUAUUUUUAUUUUCGCGAACCAAACAAAGUCAGCAAGGCAUAUUGAUAAUCCAGUUAAUGCUGGAGAAAUGGAAAAGCAAAAAAUAAGUGAAAAAGGCACCCCAGUUCUACAUGCCAGCCUUGUCGACGUAUACCCUCUUAAAGCUUCUACUUGGCUUCAAUGUGGAAAUUUAUUAUACUGCGCUUAAUUAACUUCGAUUUAAAUAUCAUCAAUAAUUUAAAAGGAACUAAAAUUAUAUUUGAUAUAAAUUUACAUUAGCGUAGUAUAAGUGCAUUAGUAGAAUUAGAAUCAGCUUCAUAUAUAUGAGAAUUUGCCCAAACCUUCGGCUAUAAGGGCUGCUUUAAAUAUUUAAAGGACGCCUGCACAAACCCCUACUUAGACAGUAAAAACAAUUAUGAUUAUUUACAAAUUCUGGGAAACUCAAUACUUAAAGUAGUUUCAACGAUUCAUGUGUAUUUUAGAUAUCCAAAGAAAAAUGAGUAUCAGCUUUCUAUCAGUAGAUUUAAAAACAUUAGUAGCCCAAAUUUAAGCUCUGCAGGAUGGAAAUUUGAACUCCAAAGAUUUCUCAAGACAAAUUCGUUGAAAAUUUCUAUGGGAUUUUGCAUUGAAUUCGCCAUAAUUUUAUUGAUAAGUAAAUUCCAUUUCCAUAAAACUAGGAAAAUAAAUCUUAAAAGGAUCAUAAACAUAAUAUAGAAAAGUGUAAAUUCAGACCCCCAUUUUAUGCAUCGAAAAUGAUUUCUGGGGAAACAUGGGAUGUUGAGCAUAAAAUCACUGACAAAAUGAUGGCUGAUUUCGUUGAAGCUUUAAUUGGCGCUCUUUAUUUAGGCAAUGGGAUUUAUGAUGCUGCACAAUUCAUAUAUGAUCUUGAAAUUUUAAUAAAGGAUUCGGCUUAUGAAGAUACGAUGAAGCUACUAACUCCCUCCGUGCGAACCAAAUAUUUUUUAUGGAAAAAAAUUUGAUAUAUAAGUGAUAAUUAGUAUAAUGAAAUCUAAUUCUGUUUAAUUCUGAACUCAUUGCAUUUUAAAACAUAAAUGUUAAAAUUAAAUAAAUAUUUGCUUUCCAAUUUUUGCAAAUUGGGAAUUUUAAAAAUAAUAUUUCCUAUAAAAUUUAUAUAUAAAUUUAAAAAAAAAAGAAAUUAACACCUCCGUGAGUGAAGAGGAUUUUUUUUGUUCACUCUCAGAGGGAGGAGUAAGCAAUGAUAAUUUUACGAUUUUAGAUUUAAGAAGAAUAUUUUCUCUCCCAGGUAAUCAGCUAAAGCUUGGUGAAUUGCUACCAAUUCUAUAUGAUCCUACAAUAAAAAAAAUUGAAAUUAUAGAAUCAUCUCUUGACUACUAUUUCUCAAAUAAAAACCUUCUCUCCCAAGCCCUUACCCACUAUUCUUCUGAUCCUAUACGCAAUUACAAUAGAUUUGAAUUUCUAGGUAACUCAAUCAUUGAUUUCACAGUGCUUUCUGAAUUAUUUGUAUUUGGACAGUUCACACCCGAAGAGCUCACCACAUUCAGACAUAUUCUAGUAAGCAACAAUUUCUUGAGAAAAUUAGCCAUAUCUACUGGGCUUGAUAAACAUAUCCAUGUUAAAGAUGAACUAAAGACGGAAAUCAUAAGAUUUGUAGCUAACUCUCGUUGGGAAGACGAUUUGUUGAACUUUGAUCCUCACUGUGACAAUCCUCCUAAAAUUUUAAGUGACUGCUUAGAAGCUUUAAUAGGGGCUAUAUUUAUUGACUGUGAGUCAUUGACCACUACUUGUGAAAUAAUUGAGAAUUUAUUUUCUGAUCCCAUCAUGUAUUUAGUCAAAAAUAAAGAUAAAUGCCAAAAGAAUAUCUGUGAGAAGCUUGUAGAAUAUGGCAGUCGGCGCGGGAAAAGCAUAGAAUAUCAAGAAAUAAUAGAAAAAAAAGCUGUGAAAAUACUUAUAUUUUCAAACGGAGAACUUUAUAUUGAAAAACAAGGAAGAAUCCCUUGGUUUGUGAAGAAGCAGGCAGCAGUUGAAGCUUACGAUAAAUUGAGAAGAGAAGAAGGUGAGAUCAGUGAAUCAAUUUAG